AUGUCACACCUGGGCCAACACCCGGGCCAGUUAGGAUACAGCCAUGUUUCUCAACAUGACUCAGAUGUGCCUGGUCCCCAGCAGCCCCUCACAGGCAAGGUCGAAGAAGGUCAGGAUGGCUGCAGCAGGGAAUGCCACGGAGUUGGCCAGAUCCUGUGCACCCCGAUGAACGUCCUCCUUGUCUUUGUGCCCCUAGGAGUCUACAGCCACUUUGCGCACUGGAGUGCCGCAGCGCGCUUUUCGUGCAACUUCGUGGCGAUCGUGCCUUUGGCUGCAAUCUUGGGUGCCUCCACGGAAGCCUUGGCCUCCCACACGGGCCAGAUGAUCGGCGGGCUCUUGAAUGCAACCUUUGGGAACGCAGUGGAGAUGAUCGUAACGGUGAACGCCAUCAAGGCCGGCCUUGUCAAUGUAGUGCAGGGAAGCCUCUUGGGGUCCAUCCUCUCCAACAUGCUACUGGUCCUUGGCAUGUCCUUCUUUGCCGCUGGGGUUGUGCACGAGAAAGAGAGCAAAUUCAGCGCCAAGGGGGCCUCGGCCAACAUGACCUGCUUGACACUGGGGUCCAUUGCUCUGGCCUUACCCACAAUCUACAAUUGCAUGGAGAACACCUCCACGGAGGAUGUGCUGAGCAUCUCACGCAUCUCCUCGGCGGUGAUUGCGGGCGUCUAUGUGCUUUUCCUCAUCUUUCAGCUCUUCACCCAUGCACACCUUUUCGCCGCGGAGGGUGAGGAGGACGAGGAUGCUUCCAUUUCCGCUUGCUCCUCGGUCCUACUGUUGCUCCUUGCCACCCUCGCCGUGGCGGUGUGCUCCGAGUUCCUUGUGGAUUCUAUCGAGGGUGUCACCGAGGAGUACGGCCUGCCAGGAGCGUUCAUCGGCGUGAUCCUAUUGCCAAUCGUUGGAAAUGCCGCAGAGCAUGCAACUGCAGUCACCGUCGCUGCAAAGGGCAAGAUGGACUUAGCGUUGGGGGUCGCCGUGGGAUCAUCGACCCAGAUAGCUUUGCUUGUGGUGCCAUUCUCGGUGAUUGUUGGCUGGGCUUUUGAUGUGCCGAUGUCUUUAGAUUUCCGGAUCUUCGACACCACGGUGAUGAUUCUCUCUGUGUUCAUCACGCACACUGCCUUGCAGGAUGGCUGCUCAAACUGGCUAGAAGGAUCGAUUCUCAUUGCCAUCUAUGUCUUGAUUGCCAUCAUCUGCUGGUACAUACCUGACUAA